AUGGGCAGGUACCUUAUAAAUAAAUAUUUGAGGCGAGACCCAGCCGCAUCGGACGUAGAAUGGGGCUACGCCUUUGAUGUGCACAUUAAUGCAUUUUUCCCACCUCUGUCGCUGCUGCAUUGCUUCCAGAUAGUUUUAUUCAAUAAUCUUCUCAUGGAGGGCGGUUUCAUUUCUUGCGUGGUAGCGAACACAUUCUGGUUGGCGUCUGUGAUCUAUUAUUUGUACAUCACAUUCUUGGGCUAUAGUAGGCACCUCACGAACCCUCUGUGGAUAGCGCCUAUCCCUCCCUAUGCCCUCUUCAUAGAGGGGGCCUUUGCCCAAGGCCGUUGGAUCCGAAUGGGU